AUGAAUUUUACCCUCAAGUGGAUAAAUGUAUUCUUCAUACCUUCUUUCAUUAUUUUACCAUUGAGUGAACAUAUUACAUUCAUAGAGUGUUUGAAGAUUGCUGCCGUUUUUGUUGUUGGUGGUGUUGUUUUGAUGGUGUUGGACGUAUAUAUGAUCAUGUUCUUCAAGAUGGUUUUGCAUGCACUUGGUGUCUACUCCUUCGAUCUGGACAAGCAAAGUGAUAAGCUGGACCCGGAGGAAAACGACGAAGAGAUUGAACUUUUCAACUUGAAUAGGCCAUUUGUUGCCACAACCCAUGAUAUUACCACCAUUGAUAUGUCAAACUUACGACCGAUCAGAACAGAACCGGCUCAUAAGCCUAGGACAUUCUCAGUUAUCUCAAAUCCAUUUGAUGACCCCACUUCGCCUGAAGUCCAACGGGUGAAUACAACUCCACACUUAGGGUCUGGUUCCCAAAGGCAGAAGUGUACGUCUUUACAAGAGCAGACAUCGAUUGGAUCGUCGAAUCAAGAAGAGGCAGCUUUGGAGGCUACCGAUUUUGAUCAUUUGUCACUUCUUGCACAAAGGUCAGCCAUCUUCGUUACAAACUACAUUGACUGGUUUUUGUAUUUGAUACUUUUCUUCGUGUCGCUUCCAUUCUACUACAUCAAAUCUAUCCAUGUGAUGUUACCAUAUCACCUAGGAUUGACUGUUAUUUCAUACUAUAUUGCGUUGCUUCUUCCUAUGAAAUGGCCACGGCUAAGAAAAUUUGCACAUCCAAUUUUAGUUCUGACAGCAGAGAUUCUUUUUGUGUGUUUUAUUGGUUCCCUAAUCUACCAUAAGGGAGAACCAAGUGGAUUUUUGCAGGAUUUGAGAUAUUAUAAGACGGGAAAAACCUACCUAAAUUUGUUCGGCAACAAGACUUUGUGGGAUAAUGGGCAAGUGGUGCCUGAGUCCGAACUUUCCAAGCACUUCACCUCCGAACCUCUUUGGCCAGGUUGUGGGGAUUUCCUUUCUUCGUUAAUGGACAUUUCAAUUGUUUCUUUAUCAUUACCCAUGUUUACUCACAGGAGAGAUUUCCUCAAGAAUUUUUGGGUGUUGAUGCCUCCACUUGUCGUUUCCAUGGCCCUCACCUUCUUUUGCUAUCCGAUAAUUUGCUACAAAAUUGGAAUAAGUUCCGAAAGAUCUAUCGGUUUCAUUGGCAGACUGGUAACUUUGGCCCUCGGAACCCCAUUGAUCAGUUCUCUUGGUGGAUCUGUGUCAUUAAUGGCAGUUUGUACCAUCUUAAGUGGAAUAUGUGGAGUUCUUAUUGGUGAUCUGUUCUUCAAAUUGUUGAGGAUUCCAUCAAAUGACUUUGUUACGAGAGGUGUGACUUUGGGAAUCAAUUGUGGUGCAAUUGCUACAGCUCAUUUGCUUAAUGUGGACCCUCGAGCUGCCUCAAUGAGUUCGUUGAGUUUUAGCAUUUUUGGAACGAUAAUGAUUAUUUUGGCAAGUAUCGGUGCAGUGAGAGACCUUAUGCAGAGCUGGGUUGGAAUGUGA